AUGACGUCACGGCGCGGUCUCGUCUUCCACCGGCAGAUCUCGCGAGAGCGGCCCCGAGGGGAUGGAGCCCGACGGGGUCAUCGAGGACGUCACGGCGCGGUCUCGUCUUCCACCGGCAGAUCUCGCGAGAGCGGCCCCGAGGGGAUGGAGCCCGACGGGGUCAUCGAGAGCAACUGGCACGAGGUCGUGGACAGCUUUGACGAGAUGAACCUGUCGGAGGCGCUGCUGAGGGGGAUCUACGCCUACGGCUUCGAGAAACCCUCGGCCAUCCAGCAGAGGGCGAUAUUACCCUGCAUCAAAGGUAAAAAACCAGUAUGUUAUGACGUCAUCGCGCAGGCGCAGUCGGGCACAGGUUAUGACGUCAUCGCGCAGGCGCAGUCGGGCACAGGUUAUGACGUCAUCGCGCAGGCGCAGUCGGGCACAGGUAAAACCUGUGACGUCACUCACCCGUCGCACACCUGUCCCCAGGUUAUGACGUCAUUGCGCAGUUGGGCACAGGUCAGACCUGUGACGUCACUCACCUGUCGCGUCGCACACCUGUCCCCAGGUUAUGACGUCAUCGCGCAGGCGCAGUCGGGCACAGGUUAUGACAUCAUCGCGCAGGCGCAGUCGGGCACAGGCAAAACCUGUGACGUCACUCACCUGUCGCACACCCGUCCCCAGGAGUGGAAGCUGGACACUCUGUGUGACCUCUACGAGACCCUGACCAUCACCCAGGCCGUGAUUUUCAUCAACACUCGCCGCAAAGUCGAUUGGCUGACGGAGAAAAUGCACGCCCGCGACUUCACCGUCUCGGCCAUGGUCAGUCCGCCCUUUCCGGGGCUUUUUUGGGGGCUCAGCAGGGAUUGGCUGACGGAGAAAAUGCACGCCCGCGACUUCACCGGCUCGGCCAUGGUCAGUCCGAUCGGCCGGGGGGGCCGUUUCGGCCGCAAGGGCGUGGCCAUUAACAUGGUGACCGAGGAGGACAAACGGACCCUGCGCGACAUCGAGACCUUUUACAACACGGCCAUCGAG